AUGGACUCGCAGGGGCUGAAGGCUUUGAUUAAUUACUACUGUCAGGAGAGAUAUUUCCACCAUGUGUUACUUGUUGCCAGUGAGGGAAUGAAGAGCUAUGGCAGUGACCCAGUCUUCAGGUUUUAUCAUGCCUAUGCUACAUUAAUGGAAGGUAAAAUUCAAGACGCUCUGCGAGAAUUUGAGGCUGUUAAAAAUAAACAAGAUGUAUCACUUUGUUCUCUAAUUGCACUGAUAUAUGCUCAUAAAAUGAGCCCUAAUCCAGAUAGAGAAGCUAUUCUUGAGUCAGAUGCCAGAGUAAAAGAGCAGCGUAAAGGAGCUGGGCCAAAAGUUUUGUACCAUGCAGGCUUGUUUUUGUGGCACAUUGGCCGGCAUGAUAAAGCGAGAGAAUAUAUUGACCGAAUGAUCAAGAUAUCAAAUGGGAGUAAAGAGGGACAGGUUUUGAGAGCAUGGCUUGAUAUUACAAGAAGAAAAGAGCCUUAUACUAAAAAAGCAUUAAGAUACUUUGAAGAGGGAUUGCAAGAUGGGAAUGAUAUUUUUGCUCUACUGGGUAAGGCACAGUGCCUUGAGAUGCGCCAGAAUUAUUCAAGUGCUCUGGAGACUGUGAACCAGAUAAUCAAGAAUUUUCCAAGUUUCCUUCCUGCUUUGGUAAAGAAAAUGAAACUACAACUAGCCUUGCAGGAUUGGGACCAGACGGUUGAGACAGCACACAGGUUGAUGCUGCAAGAUAAUCAAAAUUUGGAAGCACUGAGAAUGCUGGCCCUUUACUAUUUGUGUAGGGAGGGGGAAAUAGAGAAGGCUGCCACCCAGCUGGAAAACUUAGGAAAUGCAUUGGAUGCCGUGGAACCACAGAAUGCUCAGCUUUUUUAUACAAUCACAAUAGCCUUCAGCAGAAUUUGUGGACGUAGUCAACUCAUUCUUCAGAAAACCCAAACAUUGCUAGAAAAAGCUUUUAGUUUAAAUCCUCAGCAAUCAGAAUUUGCUACAGAGCUUGGAUACCAAAUGAUUUUACACGGGAAAGUUAAAGAGGCCUUGAAGUGGUAUAAGACCGCCAUGACACUAGAUGAAACCAGUGUCUCUGCUCUAAUUGGAUUUAUCCAGUGUCAAUUAAUAGAAGGGCAACUACAGGAUGCAGAUCAGCAUCUAGAAUUCCUUAGUGAAGUUCAGCAGUCUAUUGGAAAAUCAGCGGAAUUAGCCUAUUUACAUGCAGUUCUCGCUAUGAAGAAAAAUAAACGACAAGAAGAGGUUAUUAAUUUGUUAAAUGAUGUCCUGGACACUCAUUUUUCGCAAUUGGAGGAUUUACCUCUUGGCAUACAGUAUUUUGAGAAGUUAAAUCCUGAUUUCUUGCUAGAAAUUAUUACAGAAUAUCUGAAUUUCUGUCCAAUGCAGCCUGCAAGUCCUGGGCAACCUCUUUCUCCACUUCUCAGACGUUGUACCUCAAUCCUGGAGACCAUAGUCAGAACUGUUCCUGGUCUUCUGCAGGCUGUCUUCCUAAUAGCAAAAGUAAAGUAUUUGUCAGGUGAUAUCGAAGCAGCUUUUAACAACCUGCAGCAUUGCCUAGGACACAGCCCUUCCUAUGCCGAUGCUCAUCUCCUGAUGGCUCAGGUUUAUCUGUCUCAGGAAAAAUUCAAAUUGUGUUCUCAGUCUCUUGAACUAUGCCUGAGCUAUAAUUUUAAGGUGAGAGAAUAUCCUUUAUAUCACCUGAUAAAAGCUCAGUCACAAAAGAAAAUGGGAGAAAUAGGAGAAGCAAUUAAAACUCUGCACAUGGCAAUGAGUUUACCAGGAAUGAGGAGAAUUGGAUCUUCCUCAAAGUCAAAAUACAGAAAAACUGAAAUUGAUGCAAGCCAUCGUUUAUCAGUCUUUCUUGAGUUGGUAGAGGUUCACCGUUUAAAUGGAGAACAGCACGAGGCAGCCAAAGUUUUGCAAGAUGCUAUCCAUGAAUUUUCUGGGACGUCUGAAGAGUUGCGUGUCACUAUCGCUAACGCAGACCUAGCUCUGGCCCAGGGAGAUGUGGAGAGGGCUUUAAGCAUGCUUCGGAAUGUUACAGCCGAGCAGCCGUAUUUCAUAGAGGCCAAGGAAAAAAUGGCAGAUAUAUAUCUGAAGCACAGAAAAGAGAAAAUGCUAUAUAUCACUUGUUACAGAGAAAUGGCUGAAAGGAUGCCCAGUUCUCGGUCUUUUCUUCUCCUUGGUGAUGCAUAUAUGAAUAUUCAGGAGCCUGAGGAAGCCAUAGUAGCAUAUGAGCAAGCACUAAAUCACAACCCAAAGGAUGGAACAUUGGCAAGCAAAAUUGGGAAAGCCCUUGUGAAAACUCACAACUACUCAAAGGCAAUCACUUAUUAUGAGGCUGCUCUGAAAAGUGGACAACAAAAUUAUCUCUGCUAUGACCUGGCUGAGCUCUUAUUAAAAUUGAAGUGGUAUGAUAAAGCAGAAAAAGUUCUUCAGCAUGCUCUAGCUCAUGAACCUGGAAAUGAACUGUCGGCCCUCAUGGAGGAUGGACGUUCUCAAGUUCUUCUAGCAAAAGUUUACAGUAAAAUGGACAGACCUGAUGAUGCAGUCACUUCAUUGCAACAGGCUCGAGAAUUACAAGCUCGGGUGCUAAAACGUGUUCAGAUGGAACAGCCAGAUGCAGUUCCUGCACAGAAACAUUUAGCAGCUGAAAUUUGUGCAGAGAUUGCAAAACAUUCUGUUGCUCAGCGAAACUAUGAAAAAGCAAUUAAGUUUUAUAGAGAAGCUCUUGUUCAUUGUGAGACAGAUAAUAAGAUAAUGCUGGAGCUGGCCCGAUUGUACCUGGUACAAGAUGACCCCGACGCCUGCCUGCGGCACUGUGCCCUGCUUCUCCAGAACGACCAGGACAAUGAGGCCGCCACCAUGAUGAUGGCAGAUCUCAUGUUCAGAAAACAGGACUAUGAACAAGCCGUGUUUCAUUUACAACAGCUUUUAGAACGAAAACCAGAUAAUUAUAUGACAUUAUCUCGUUUAAUUGAUUUCUUAAGAAGAUGUGGAAAACUUGAAGAUGUUCCACGAUUUUUCUUAAUGGCUGAGAAACGUAACUCCAGAGCAAAACUGGAGCCAGGAUUUCAGUACUGUAAAGGAUUAUAUCUUUGGUAUACUGGAGAACCAAAUGAUGCCCUUCGACAUUUUAAUAAAGCUCGGAAAGACAGUGACUGGGGCCAAAAUGCCCUUUAUAAUAUGAUUGAAAUCUGUUUGAAUCCAGAUAAUGAAACUGUUGGAGGUGAAGUAUUUGAAAAUCUUGAUGCAGAUCUGGGUAAUUCAACUGAGAAGCAAGAGUCUGCGCAGUUAGCAGUGAGAACAGCAGAAAAGCUCCUUAAAGAACUAAAACCUCAGACAAUUCAGGGUCAUAUACAGCUUCGCAUAAUGGAAAACUAUUGCCUAAUGGCCACCAAACAGAAAUCUAAUGUGGAGCAGGCAUUGACUACCUUCACCGAAAUAGCAGCAUCUGAGAAGGAUCAUGUUCCAGCACUUUUGGGAAUGGCAACAGCUCAUAUGAUCUUGAAACAAACUCCCCGGGCCCGAAAUCAGCUGAAGCGGAUUGCAAAAAUGAACUGGAAUCCUAUUGAUGCUGAGGACUUUGAGAGGAGUUGGCUGCUGCUUGCCGAUAUUUAUAUUCAGUCAGCAAAAUAUGACAUGGCCGAGGAUCUGAUAAAACGGUGCCUGCGGCAUAACAGGUCAUGCUGCAAAGCUUAUGAAUAUAUGGGCUACAUUAUGGAAAAAGAGCAAGCAUAUAUGGAUGCUGCCUUAAACUAUGAGAUGGCAUGGAAACAUAGCAACCAGACAAAUCCAGCAGUAGGAUACAAACUGGCAUUUAAUUACUUAAAAGCGAAAAGAUAUGUGGAUGCAAUUGACAUAUGUCACCAGGUUCUUGAAGCACAUCCAACUUACCCCAAAAUCAGAAAGGAUAUACUUGAUAAGGCUCGCACAUCUUUAAGACCUUGA